UUACGUUGGCGGGAAUUUAGUUGUUAUUUUGUUGCCCAGAGAUGACCUUGUUUUGGACGUUCUGUGCACGAUCACGUGACUGCAGUUAUCCGGCACAGUGUAAACGGGAGGGCAAAGUGGACCAAAUUUGUGCGGCACAGUGUAAACGCAAAUCAAUCCGAACAAGUUUUCUGCGGGUAAAAUUCAUCCGGCACAGUAAAUUCUCGGAAGUCAAUGGUCUCUGAUCCGCUGAACUGGUCAAAUGUCGCACUGUAAUUUGCGGACCGAGAACCAGUCGCCAACCUUGACCACAUGCUCAAACAGCAGUCAUCUGAUCGCAGGCCGUUCGGCAAAAAAGUAAGAGCAACCUGUGUUAUGGCGAAGGCCAGACAUCUUCUUGCCCGGAUAACUCGUACAAGAAUUAUCAUUUUCUUGACUUUAUUUAUUAUUUAUUUUACAAUUGAUCACGCAAGAUGGACUGAUUAUUUUUUGUAUGACUUCGACGCGUCGUUAGAGGAGGGCCACGAAACGACGGAAUUCAUUGAUUCAAAGUGUAUCUUGCCAAAACUGGAUCCGUUUAGAGAAAGUGCGAUGAAAUAUGUGGAGAAAUUACCAAAACUUACAUGUCCUGGAAAACGCCGAGGGUUUAUCAAAGGAACAGAAAUUUUAAUCGAUGGAAAGGAUAUAUCUAAAUUACAAAUGACAUAUAUUCGAAGGCCUGUAGGCGACGAUUUCAACACAGUUUACUCUGAUCGCAUUGAUAUUGACUUGAACAGCCGUGGCCCAAAUGGUGAAAUUCGUAUUCAACCGAAAGAAGAUUUCGUGAAGUUAACAUUAAGAACCAAAGAUGGAGGCACUGAAGAUGAAUACCAUUGUAUCACUAUCCCAAAAGAUGACGUCAUAUCUCAGGCUUCGCCUGUAUCAAACGAGCCUGAUGACCUGGAUUUGAAUGUCGCAUUUCUCAUGCUUGACAGCGUGUCAGCUGCAACUUUUCAAAGAGUCAUGCCCAAAUCUCUUGGGUUUCUGAAACAGCAGGACAACACCAUUUUCUUCAAAGGCCAUACAAUUGUUGGCGAUGGAACAACCGCUCAGCUCUGCGCUAUGUUUACAGGUUUGAACGAACAACAGUUACCCGAGGCAAGGCGAAGCUUCUCAGGCUCAAAAUCCGUCGACAGAUGGCCGUUUAUAUUCAAAGAGUUCAAAAAGAAAGGGUAUGCGACGAUGUUUCAAGAGGAUUCAAGCCUAUACGCUACUUUCAAUUACCGCUUGCACGGAUUCAAAGAUCCGCCAACGGACCAUUACGCGCGGCCUUUUUACACCAUAGGCGACAAAAUGAAAGUGAAAAAAAGGCCGUGCUAUGGAAGUUGGCCUUUUCACCAGCAUGUUCUUUCAUAUUUGCAGAAUUUUCACGAUAAUUACUCAAAUUUAAAGAAAUUCAGCCUGAACUUAAUUGCCCUUUUACCGCACAACAGCAUCAACAACGUGCAGAGAAUGGAUGACGAUUUAGCCAGCUUUUUGGCAAGUUUCAAGGCGAAAGGCCAUUUCGAAAACACUAUCUUUGUUUUGUUUGGUGACCACGGACCACGUAUAUCAUCAUUCAGGUCCUCGAUUGAAGGUAAACUGGAAGAGAGGCUGCCUCACCUGUCAAUCACGUUACCAAGAUGGUUUAAGAAGAAGCACAGCGAGCUGUAUAAGGCCAUUGUUGCAAAUUCAGAAGGAAUGACUUCUCAUUUUGAUAUAUACGGCACCCUUAAGCACAUCCUGGCAUACCCAAACUAUAAACGUGAAGGAAUAGGCCAGAGUUUGUUUACUGCAAUAAACCAAGACACGCGUAACUGCAAGGACGCUGGGGUGGCGGAUCACUGGUGCCCUUGUUUGGGUUACGUUGAAGUGCCUGUUGACGAUGCUCAAGUGAAAAACAUGGCAAAUAUUGCUGUUGGGUUUAUAAACGAGAAACUGCAGAAGAUAAGGGAGGUUAAGGAAAAGUGUGCGGAGUUACAAUUGGGAAAGAUUUUGAGGGCGGGGAAAGUAAUUCACAAUUGGAAAAUGGAGAGUUUUGUAAAGUCGAGGGGGAACUCGCGAUGCGAUAGUUGCAAGUUACUUUUCAAGAAUUUAAAAGGCGAAAAGAAGAUAAAAUACGAAUUGGUUUUUGCUGUGCAGCCCAGCGGAGGAGAGUUCGAAGUCAAUGUCGAAACUUAUGGAAGUGACGUCACUGUCGAUGCUGACAUUAGCAGACUGAAUGCGUACGAAAAUCAACCAGAAUGCAUUGCAAGAGCGUAUCCACAUUUGCGCGAGUAUUGUUAUUGCAAAUCGAACUAAAGAAAAAAUGCAUUGCUCAAUGAGUAUUCACGUAAGUUUGCAGUGCUUACAAAAGUCGAUCUUUUCCGCCAGUGCCAGGUUGUGUUUUCACGAAAGCCAACACCCAAUAAAUUCCCUAGAACUUUAUUUCAAAAGUGAAUUUUCUACUUAUGCUUCUUUCUUAGGAUAGAUCAAUGAAACUAAAGCAUAAUUAUGAAACUAAAGCGUAUCCACAUUUGCGCGAGUAUUGUUAUUGCAAAUCGAACUAAAGAAAAAAUGCAUUGCUCAAUGAGUAUUCACGUAAGUUUGCAGUGCUUACAAAAGUCGAUCUUUUCCGCCAGUGCCAGGUUGUGUUUUCACGAAAGCCAACACCCAAUAAAUUCCCUAGAACUUUAUUUCAAAAGUGAAUUUUCUACUUAUGCUUCUUUCUUAGGAUAGAUCAAUGAAACUAAAGCAUAAUUAUGAAACUAAAGCGUAUCCACAUUUGCGCGAGUAUUGUUAUUGCAAAUCGAACUAAAGAAAAAAUGCAUUGCUCAAUGAGUAUUCACGUAAGUUUGCAGUGCUUACAAAAGUCGAUCUUUUCCGCCAGUGCCAGGUUGUGUUUUCACGAAAGCCAACACCCAAUAAAUUCCCUAGAACUUUAUUUCAAAAGUGAAUUUUCUACUUAUGCUUCUUUCUUAGGAUAGAUCAAUGAAACUAAAGCAUAAUUAUGAAACUAAAGCGUAUCCACAUUUGCGCGAGUAUUGUUAUUGCAAAUCGAACUAAAGAAAAAAUGCAUUGCUCAAUGAGUAUUCACGUAAGUUUGCAGUGCUUACAAAAGUCGAUCUUUUCCGCCAGUGCCAGGUUGUGUUUUCACGAAAGCCAACACCCAAUAAAUUCCCUAGAACUUUAUUUCAAAAGUGAAUUUUCUACUUAUGCUUCUUUCUUAGGAUAGAUCAAUGAAACUAAAGCAUAAUUAUGAAACUAAAGCGUAUCCACAUUUGCGCGAGUAUUGUUAUUGCAAAUCGAACUAAAGAAAAAAUGCAUUGCUCAAUGAGUAUUCACGUAAGUUUGCAGUGCUUACAAAAGUCGAUCUUUUCCGCCAGUGCCAGGUUGUGUUUUCACGAAAGCCAACACCCAAUAAAUUCCCUAGAACUUUAUUUCAAAAGUGAAUUUUCUACUUAUGCUUCUUUCUUAGGAUAGAUCAAUGAAACUAAAGCAUAAUUAUGAAACUAAAGCGUAUCCACAUUUGCGCGAGUAUUGUUAUUGCAAAUCGAACUAAAGAAAAAAUGCAUUGCUCAAUGAGUAUUCACGUAAGUUUGCAGUGCUUACAAAAGUCGAUCUUUUCCGCCAGUGCCAGGUUGUGUUUUCACGAAAGCCAACACCCAAUAAAUUCCCUAGAACUUUAUUUCAAAAGUGAAUUUUCUACUUAUGCUGCUUUCUUAGGAUAGAUCAAUGAAACUAAAGCAUAAUUAUGAAAUUUUUGCAUAAUUAUGAAAUUAUAACAUAAUUAUGAAAUUUAAGCAUAAU